AUUGGCAGCAGAAAAUUUAUUUGAGACCUUUAACGAUUCAAGUUACCUUUCAAAUAAAUGCUGUACUGAGCAGAAUCCAUCUGACGUUAAUAACCACACUCAUCCAAAAUGACGACAGAUGUCAAUGACUCUGUCGUUUUGCACAAAAAAAGAUGUAGAACCAAUUUGAGAAACGCUGAGCUAAGUAAACGUACGUUUAGAAUAUUUUUGGAAAAACAGAUACUGUCACAUGUGGAGAUAGAAAUUCAGAAAAACACACAAGAGCCACAAACUCCAUUAACACCCAAUUUUAAUUUUUACGAAAGCGACUUUGCUUUAAGCAAAAUACGAUUAACGCUUUCUCCGUUUCAAACAACCAUAUCGGAAAAGAAGUCAUCUGUAAAAAAUAAUUUAACUUUACCAAGUUUAGAAGCUAAAUUGUGUAAUUCUAGCAAUAGUGCUAUAAAAAUCACUAAUGCAAUUGUGAAUCGUGAAAAUGAUUCUGAAAUUAAUGUGUAUGAGAAUCCUAUUCAAGACAAAUCAAAAGUUUCCACUUAUACUGCACCUGCGUCUAAUCAAAAUACCUCAAAUCUUAAAAUAGCAGUUGAUAAGCCAUCCAACUAUUCGUCGAUAUAUGUUAAUAGUCCAGAAUGGUUUCAAGAUAACGAGACUGUAUCAGUUCAUGGAUCUCUAUUAAGUGAAACUAUUUCGGACAUUAGCGCAUGUAAUUCAGAUUUAAGAAGAAAUACCAAUCGCAAACGGUAUCGUUGGAAACGUAUACUUUUUUGUUGUGUUAAUUGAGUUCGACAUUUGUAUGUUACCAACAAUCAAAAAAAAUAUUUGAGAUAGAGAAAUCUAUCUCUAAAAUUUAUAUAUUUUCUUAUACUGAAUUAAUAAUUCACGAUAUUGAUAUUAACUAUAUCGAUAAACGUUGACUUAUAUGAGAUACAUUGCUUUUAAUUUUUACUAUUUUAUGCACUGUUUGCUGUAUUUCUACAAAGUUUUAGUGUCUAAGAUUUUGUGAUUAUUAGAAAAUUAUAUACAAAAUAUAAUCCAUAAGCUAUCCUCAGCAAAUUUCAGUAACUGCAAAGAAGCUUAAAACUUAUAUUUUUCACCAUAGAAUAGAAUAUUGAUCAAAUAGUACAAAGUAGUCUUUUUCUGCCGUGUUUAACUAUGGAUAAGAGUAUUAUUUUUACUUUUCUAUUGCAAUCUAUAUUUUUGAGAUAAUUAGUUACAUUACUUUUAUUAUCUACGAAAAAAAUUUAAUACUUUUUAUUUUUAUUAGAUAUACAUAUUGAUAUACAUUUUAGUUUUGCAGACUUCUUAUUAUUAGAUAUAAGUAGACGUACACACAUUCUCUUUAAGUUGUACACAUACGCUUCAUAUAGACUGUAUACAAUAAGUCAUCAUAUUUAAUUCCUUGCCAUAUUAGAAAAUUAAUGCACUUCGGAAAACAUAAGCUAUUUUUAUAUUAUUAUUGAAAUUGUGUUGCUAUGUAUUUAAUAUUUGUAAUAAAUUCAGAAUUUAUUAUAAAUUGUAUUAUCUUUUUCACUCAACUGCAACGUUAAGCAACAUAAAAUGCAAGUUGUUAUUUAGAUUUAAAUCAUUAAAUAGGACAAAGUAACAAAUUAAGUAUAAUCCUAGUAUGUUUCCC